AUGGCACACGCGGGUAAUGCCACGUCAGCCUCUGACGGCAGCAACUGGGCUGCGCUCCUGCUGGCCGCAGGAUCCGGCGCCGUGGUGGCGGCAGCCGCGUCGUACUACUUCCAUUCGCAGGCGCUCGCGAAGUUCGCCGAGCAGGAUGGCAAGCUGAAGCCCCAGAAGAUGCGCAAGGUCACGACCGCCCCUGCGCGCCGAGCUGCGCCCACCCCGGGCGUGCCGCUGCGCCCGCAGCAGCGGAGCCACCGGAACUCCCAGUCGAACGCCGCCAAUCCCUACGCCUUCGACCCGCUCGCGGGCAGUUUCAGUCCGGGCAGUCUGCCCGGGAAACUUGCGUCGUCUCUUGACCGGCAGGACAUGCAGGCUCUCAGCGCCGCGCGCCUGGCGGCGGCAAACGCGUCGGCGGCAGUGGCGUCGGGACUGCGAGAAGGCAAUUUCCAAGGUGACCUGCUUCCGCCUCGCUCGGUGAGCGCGCACUCGUCGGUGGUGGGGGGAAUGGGCGCGGAGGAGGCGGAGGAGGAGGCGGAGGAGGAGGACUUGGGGGAGGAGGGGGAGGAGGUGAUGGUGGAGGAGCUGGAGGAGGGGGGCGAGGGGGAGGGCGGGGAGGGCGCGGAGAAGGAGGCGGAGGGGCGGGGGGAGGCGCGGGUGAAGAGGGCGGUGAGCGUGCAGGACAGCAUUCACCACCCGGUGUCUGACCCCGGCACGGCGGACCGCCUCAGGAAGGCGCCAGAGGUGGAAGACUACGUGCGCCUCAACCUCUACCCGCAAGGUGCAUGCGCUGCCUUCUCCACCUCUCCAACCCCUCUCUGCUUUCCACCUCGCGCUUUUCCCCCUUUUCACUUGAGCGCGGAGGACGAGGAGGUGUGUGUGUUGCUGCAGGAGUGUCUACAGCUGAGGGACAAGUACGUGUUCAGGGAGGCCGUGAAGCCCUGGCAUGCCGACGCCAACGCGCUGCCCAUGCCCGACCCCAGCGAUCCCUUCCGCUACGACCCGCUCCCGCCCUCCGACCAUGUGAUCGAGAUGGUGGAUGGUGUGGUGAAGAUAUUCGCAGACAAAGAAGCCAAGGAGCGGGGCGAGGAGCUGUUCCCAGUGCACGACGCCACAACGUUCUUCACCGAUCUGCACCGCAUCCUCAAGAUCACCUCCCUGGGCCACGUGCGCUCCCUCUGCUUCCACCGCCUGCGCCUCCUCGAACAGCGGUACCACCUGCACCUGACGCUGAACGCGGAUCGCGAGUUCAAGGCGCAGAAGAGCGCACCGCACCGCGACCUGUACAACGUGAGGAAGGUGGACACGCACGUGCAUCACAGCGCCUGCAUGAACCAGAAGCACCUCCUGCGCUUCAUCAAGUCCAAGCUCCGCAAGGAGCCCGACGAGGUGGUGAUCUUCCGUGACGGCAAGUACCUCACGCUCAAGGAGGUGUUUGAGAGCCUCGACCUCACCGGCUACGAUUUGAACGUGGAUCUGUUGGACGUGCACGCGGACAAGAACACGUUUCAUCGCUUUGACAAGUUCAACCUCAAGUACAACCCGUGCGGGCAGAGCCGACUGCGGGAGAUCUUCAUCAAACAGGACAACCUCAUUCAGGGAAGGUUCUUGGCGGAGGUGACAAAGGAGGUGUUCACGGAUCUUGUGGCGUCCAAGUACCAGAUGGCGGAGUACAGGGUGUCGAUCUAUGGGCGCAAGAUGAGUGAGUGGGACCAGCUGGCGAGCUGGGUGGUCAACAACGACCUCUACUGCCCCAACGUCGUCUGGCUCAUCCAGCUGCCCCGCCUAUACAACGUGUACAAGGACAUGGGAAUAGUGGCGUCCUUUCAGACCAUGCUGGACAACAUCUUCCUGCCGCUCUUCCAAGUCACCGUUGACCCCUCCUCACACCCGCACCUCCACAUCUUCCUCAACCACGUGGUGGGGUUUGACAUGGUGGACGAUGAGAGCCGGCCGGAGCGGCGCCCCACGAAGCACAUGAUAACACCGGCGGAGUGGACCAACCCCUUCAACCCCGCCUAUGCCUACUACACCUACUACGUCUACGCCAACCUCCUCAAACUCAACCGCCUGCGCGAGUCCAAGGGCCUCUCCAUCCUCAAGUUCCGCCCGCACUCUGGAGAGGCAGGUGACGUGGACCACCUAGCCGCCACGUUCCUGACGGCGCACAACAUAGCGCACGGCAACAACCUGCGGCGCACGCCGGCCCUGCAGCACCUGUACUACCUGGCGCAGAUCGGGCUGGCCAUGUCCCCGCUGAGCAACAACUCCUUGUUCCUGGACUACCACAAGAACCCCUUCCCGCUCUUCUUUGCACGCGGGCUGAACGUGUCGCUGUCCACGGACGACCCCCUCAUGAUCCACCUCACCAAGGAGCCCCUCGUCGAAGAAUACAGCAUCGCUGCACAGGUGUGGCGCCUGACAUCAUGCGAUCUGUGUGAGAUCGCCCGCAACUCCGUCUACCAGUCAGGCUUCUGGCACCCCACCAAGGCGCAUUGGAUUGGGCCGCGCUACUUCCUGCGGGGCCCCGACAGCAACGACAUUCACCGCACCAACGUGCCGCACAUCCGCGUCGAGUUCCGCUACCAGGCAUGGGAGGCGGAGAUGGAGUAUGUGUAUCUGGGCAAGGCCAAGCUGCCUCAGGAGAUCGACUCCUGA